AUGCUUGCAUCAUCAACAGCACGUAUGGCCUUAACUUCUCGUAGCCUGAUGCUCAAUGCAGCCAGCGCACGUUUCCAGCCAAUAUGCAGCACCAUUUACGCUCCGCACCAGCCACUUACUGACCGGAAUAUAGUUUCUGCGGUUAUGGUGCCGCAGGUUCGCUCGUUCCAGUCCACAAUGGCCCGGCGUGAUAUUGAUUCUGCUGCCAAGUUCAUCGGAGCAGGUGCUGCCACGGUAGGAGUUGCCGGAUCGGGAGCUGGAAUCGGAACCGUUUUCGGAUCUCUGAUUGUCGGAUAUGCUAGAAACCCAUCGCUGAAGCAGCAACUGUUCUCCUACGCCAUUCUUGGAUUCGCCCUGUCCGAAGCCAUGGGUCUGUUUUGUUUGAUGAUGGCUUUUCUUCUAUUGUUUGCAUUUUAA